UACAGGUUGCUACGCGCCACCCGUUGUGGCUGCAGCGUCAUCGUUGUUAGUAGUGCGACGGCAGUAAAGCCCGUCAAACGACACAAAAACCAUGGCUGAACGAGCCGAGGAGUUGGACUCGUGGAUUACCAAUUUGGAGCGACAGUGCAUCGAGGAGGUUGAACAGGCGCCCGAUUUGGAGAGCCAGGUUCAGAGCGAACGCGACACAUCGUCUCAGAAGCUGUGGCUCCUCUUUCAGAACACGGCUACCUGCGUAGCCCAGCUGUACACAGAUCGCCAGAAUGAAGUGUCUCAGUGGGUUCCCUUCCAAAACGCCGCUUCGAGCGUCACUAACCUCUACAAAGAGUGCCUGGAGGCUCAGCAGAGGGUGAGCGAGCUGGACUACCAGUGGGGCUACCAGCGUUGCAUCAAGGACCUGUUGGCGUGGGCCAAGAAGCACAAGCGCCAUAUUAGGCGCGAGGAACUGCUUGCCUUCCUGUGUGGUAAAGCACCGCACCAUCCCCACCAGUAUCACGACUGGGCCUCGCCCAGGCCAACCCUGUACUUCGAGCCCCGCGUGGCGGCCACUGCACCGCCGUCAUCGAUGCUGAACCUUGCCACCGCCGAGGAGCACUCGGCCGUCGUGGGGUCGGGGGACCCUAACAGCGUGAACCUGGACACGUUCCGCGGGGCUCUGGCCCUCUCUUCGACUCUGGGUUCAGGCCGAGUCCACAGCGAAGACAGUGUGUCACCGCCCGGGUUCCGCAGUGCGGCCAGCCUGAGCAGCUUCACCGCCGAGGAGUUCUCGCGCCACGUUGAGCCUCGCAAGCGGACUACUCCGGAAAGCACGAGCCCCGGAGAUGUCGUGAUGGACUCACCGACGCACAAACGGCCACGCCUCAUCUGAGUUCUCUUUUCCUCGCUGUGCGCCAAAAAUAAUAACAAUAACAAAAAUAAAUUUCUCGCCGCCGCCGUGUGCCGUCGCAGGCUUUCUCCUCCCCGACCUGCUUCAGACCGAGUCCUGCAAUUGUGCACAAUGAAAAACCUGCUGCAAAAAAAAGAAAGAAAAUAAGAAAACAUCUCGAAAGGAACAUCUCGUGAGCGUCGCUUGUCGUCGUCUGUCGCAACAUCGUUGUGCAGCCCCGAAGAGAGUGGUCGUGGACAUAUGUCAGACGUUAUGGCGAUGUGUUGCAGAGGCAGUUUAUCUUUGGCGAGGCUGAUGCGUGAAGGACUGAAGUUUGAGACCUUACAAGCAUCGCGUUUUGUUUCACGCGGCCCCUGCUGUCGUGGGACUGUGCGAUCACUGUCAACGGGCGUGGAUAUCGUGCAGACGGCUGGGAACCGGAAGUCAGGGUGGACUCCGACUUCGUUGCUAGCUGCUCGGUAGAUUGAAGUGCUCAGUGAGUACUGCAAACAGCCAUGUCGAGUGCGUGUCCCGGCAGUGGCUUGUACGACACGUGCAUUCUUGUGUCUUUCGCAGAAGCGUGCUGUAUGGAGUCACAACGGAAACUCGGUGAGCCGACUAAGGCCAGCCUCAGCUGGGAUAGAUGCCACUUGAUCCUGCAACUACUCAACGCUUGCCAAACGUCCGUGCCGCACGCUGCGAGCUUAAUUUCUUUUCCGCAGUCCGCGCUCAGUGAACGCCUGUUGGCAGGGCAUGUAAUUUUGGGCCGAUGUCAUCGGCGUGUGUGCAGAGUUCUAAAAAAUGCCGGUGGCGACGAGA